AUGGUACCACGAGUGAUACACGUGAUUUUGUUUCUCCAUUGUUUGUUUAAAUUUGCCAUUGCACAACGCAGUUCUUGCUGUGAAUCCUAUUGUUACAAUGAUGAUCCCGAGCGGAAGCAGGUGAAACAUUUCGCUACAAAAACGUUGUAUGAAAUCACACGUGCACCGGAUACCGACCGUCAACACAUCGUGCCAAACUGUUUGCCGGUGAAAUUUUGGCUACUGAGUCGUCAUGGAACGAGGCUUCCAGGCAAGAGCGAUAUCAUAGAGAUGCCAAAGCAGUUGAAAUUGCUGCAAGAUGCAAUCAUGGAAAAUUAUUUCACACGCCGCACCCCUCCUGAUAAUGGAGCCAUGUGCGAUGAAGAUUUGGAAAUGCUGAAGAACUGGCGUUGGGAUCCGAACGUAACCGAGCAGUACGAGUCUACUCUGACCGUGCAGGGCUGGGAGGACCUCAAGUAUCUUGGGCAACGUGUUAAGGAAAAAUACUGGCAGGUGUUCGGUAGCGGCUAUCAACCGAACAAAUUCAUGUUCCGUCAUACGGCGACCCAACGUACCGAAGCAAGUUUUAAGGCUUUUGUUGAGGGACUUUUUGGCAACGAAGAAUCUAAGCGAGUCAAGCCUUCUCCCGCAACGGAUCCAGAUUUGCUGCUAAAACCGUACGAAUACUGUUCGGAUUACGACAUGAACAAGAACCGCAACAAACGCGACGAAAACUCAGAGGUGAACAAGUUUUUACGCUCUGCUUUGUACACUGGUACGGUUUGGGAUGUUUCGCAGCGUCUCGGGUUCCGGCAUAAUUUGAGUGUGGAACAGAUGGAAGCAAUGUGGGACGUUUGCCGGUACGAGCAGGCAUGACAAACGUCUAGACCGAGCCCGUUUUGUGCCGCAUUCACCGAAGAUCAGGUUCGAGUGCUGGAGUACAAGGAAGAUCUUACAUAUUACUAUCGAAACAGCUACGGUUACGCCAACAGUCCGGAGCUUGCGUGUCACGCCGUCGCUGAUAUGCUGCGCCACCUUUCGUCUCGUGAUGAUCCUACGGUGGUGGCGUAUUUUACGCAUGAUUCCGAAAUCCAACUCUUUUUGAGGGCACUUGGCGCAAAACGAGACUCAAUGCCGUUGCGGGCGGAUAAUUUCCCUUUUAUGCGCAACCGUCAAUAUACGUCGAGUGAUAUUCCAUUUGCUGCAAAUGUAGCUGCGGUGAAGUAUCAGUGCACCGAACCACGUGAACCGGAGAAGGUGAUAUUUUUCCUCAACGAAAAACCGCUCAUGUUCGAUUGGUGCAGCGUAGGACUGUGCAACUGGUCGGAUGUUAAGCGACAGUACCAAAGAUUCGCCGAGGGCAACUGCGACCAAUCGUACUGCCAUGGAAACGGUGCUGGGGUGGCAUUUGAUCAUCCGCUGGCCAUGCUGGUUCUCAGUAUUAUUUUGCUUCUAGCUUGGGCGCAGCGGCCAUUAUUUUUUUAGCUCUUUUAUAACAGCAUGGAGAUUUUUAGCCUCCUUCGUCUUCUAUGUAAGAUUUUUACCAAAUGUGUCA